AAACACGUUGUCAAGGAAUCGCUGUGGACUACAAAUUCCGCAACAUGUUUGUUCCCGUUUUUACCAACACAUGAUACAAGCAUUUUUAUCGCAUAGUGGUCAUAUUUUUUAACAGCAAUGUUAGCUGAGUCUAGAGAUCCAAAGCCAGUUGGAUCAGAUGCACAAUGGAAGUCCUCCAUCAUUGUGAACAGUAAACAUCCACGGAAUGAAAACAGGCACCAGCGGCAUGCAUCCGGCCAAAGAAGUAGCUUUCUGGGACUGGAAACAAAGACUGAGCUGGUCUGGGAGGACUGGGGUGUUGGUAGAGAAUUCACCAAGUCACUAGUGUUAAAGAAUAUUGGCCUCAAGAUCCAGAAACUUCAGUUGAGACCUCCAGUGUCCAAAUUCUUCACCAUCUCAGUUUCUCGGAUCAUUGCCGUCAGCCCAGGAACUACUUUGUCCAUACCGGUCACAUUUAGACCAUCUGAGAAGUGUGCGUAUGAUGACAGCAUUGAGUUCCACGGCAAAAGUGGCAGCUUCCAAGUAUUCCUUCGGGCAAUUAUUCCCUAUCCUGCCUUGGAAGUGCCAAACACCGUGCUCCUUCCACUCUGUGCUGUUCAUCAGUCUGCUUCUACUACCUUCCAGCUACAAAAUCUGAGCAAACUCCACACAUACUUCAAAUGGGACUGCCCAGAGCCGUUCCAAGUGAAUCCAGCUGAAGGUGUGCUGAAGCCCAGCCAUGUGCUUGAAAUCACUGUCCUGUUCAAACCACAGGCAGCCAUGUUGUUUCAUAAACACGCCUAUUGUAGCUUUGGAGAGGAAGGAGGCGAAACCAACAGCUGCUGCACAGCACUUCUUCAGGGAGCUGCCAAGUACCCAUGUCUUCAUCUGAGAAGCUCAUCUUCCAAGGGUGAAAAAGAUCCUGGUGAUUCAGUGAUUAACUUUGGUUCUGUACCAAUCGGCAAAAGUGCACAAAAGUCUUUUGGCAUCUACAAUUCCUCACAUGUGACUGCAUUUUUCUCUCUUACACGUAUUUCUGGAGGCGUGCCCCUGUUGGGGUCUGAGUUCACCUGUGAUAUCAGCAGCGGUAACGUUGGCCCAGGUGAAACUGUGUCAGCACAAGUCACCUUUGCACCUGUGGUUGCUGAUGCUGUUUCUGUAGAGUAUUUGACAAUAGAAUGCAAAGGAGCACUCAACCAAACAGCACUUAAGCUCACUGGAAGCUGUGAAGGUCCCAAGGUGUCAUUGUCUUCAUUUGUGGUUGACUUUGGCUGUGUUAAAGAAGGAGUUACAGCCUCAAAGACAAUUGAAAUGGUUAAUUAUUCAUGUGCUGAGGCAACCUACCAGUGGGACCUUGACUGUGCUGGACACAGCGUGUUCAGCAUCCAACCACAGUGUGGCACUAUACUACAACAGAGCAGUGUAACGCUGACCAUAAACUACCUCCCUACCAUGCCUAUUGCAUGUCACAGAUGUGUACCUUGUUUGAUACAUCAGUGGGAGCCUUUGUUCCUUGACCUGAUUGGUACCUGUCACUCGGAUGCCCAGGAACCAAAUGUACUGACACCAGAACAUUUGUCAGACAGUAAAAAGUCAGACAUGAUUAGUGCCUCGAUGCCAAGCUACAGCACAUACUUGGAUGAGUCAAGCCGACAGCCAGACGGUUCAAGUGGGAUGUCAAGCACUCCCAGGGACAAUGAAAAGCGUUCCUCGGUGGAGGUGGAUUCACUUCAAAGUCAUGCAUCUUCAUCCUCCACACAUGUAUCUGUGGUGCCCAAUGAGCUGCUGUUUCAUCACAGUUCCUCCAGCUUGUCUUCCACGGCCACUCCGUCUCAGGCUGUGGCCAUCACCAAUUACACAUCUGUGAAAAUCACUCUGGUGUGGACCAUUGCCCAAGACUCUCCGUUCUCUGUCUCUCCGAUAACAUGUGACCUGUCCCCACUAAAGUCCACCUCAUUCAGAGUGUCAUACAAUCCCAAAGAGCUAAAUACACUACAUGGAGCUCAACUUGAGUGCAUGGCUGUGAAAGUACAGCAGGGGUCUGACGAAGAAGAGAAACAGAUAUGUUUACCCUGGUGUGUCAUUGUCAGUGUGAUUGGCGAAUCCUUUGAAUAUGGCAAAGAGCACUUUCCCCCAUGUUGCUCUCUUGAACCAAAUAAAGUGAUAUUUGCAGGCCAAAGUGUUCGAUCCCAUCAAACGGUGCUUCUCCGCAAUAACGGAGAUCAGCCACUGACUUUCUGUCGAAACACAAACUACAGCUCAGACACCGCCUUGAAUGCAUCUGUGUUACUCGUGCCAAGAUGCGGCUUAGUCCAACCUGGGAAUCAUCAAAUCUUCACAGUCAUAACAACUCCCAAAGAAGACACUCCUAUAGAGGGACUUAAAUUGCAACUCCAGUUAAAUGUAGCCAAACACAAAAAGGAGAUAACAGUGUUCAGUAUGGUGGAAAAGGUUAGUGUGUCCCUGGAAAGUGGCGGUCAUUUGUAUUUCCAAGAUAUAGCUGUGGGCUCACACGCUGAACGGACCCAUUUCAUCAGGAACAUCUGUCGCUUGCCUCUAUGCUUCCAGUGGAGCAUUCCAGGGUCAGACCACAGUGUUCUCUCUGUUCAACCAAAUGCUGGUAAACUCCAGCCUAAUGAGAGCUUGUUGCAGAGAUGGUCUUUCAGGCCAAUGGAAGAGAAAACAUACACACUGGAACCUACUGUCGCGGUGUGGCCAGUCAACAGCCUUGAGUAUGAAAAGUCAAUUCUUCCCCUCAAAGUUGUAGGAACAGGCUCCAAAGGCUUUAUACAGGCAGUUAGAGAAGUUGUUCAUAUGGAGGAUACCCUGGUUGGAUGUUCUCAGUCAAUUGAUGUUCCUCUUGUGAACAACAGUACCUGCUCAGUCUCCUUCAUUCUUUUUGUUGAGCAGACAAAACAAGAUGUGCAAACUCAUCAGGACCCUCAACCUGAGACAUGUACACAGACAGCUCUGCAGCUUGACCGCCAAAGCGGAAACAUGGCGUCACACUCCACAUUGAUGCUCCGAGCCACAUUUAGGCCGGAUAGACAAGCCCUGUACCAGUGGACCAUCAGCUACCUCACACUAAACCGCAGUGGUGUGCCAUUGUCCUCACCCAUGCCAGUGUGUGAAAUACGUGCUAAGGGUGUGUUCCCCAAACUACAGGUGACGGAUGCAUGCAGUGGUGGCUUUGGAGCUUGGCUCAACAAGCCAUAUGUUUGGAAGCUCUUCUCAGUGGAUAGCCUCAAUGAGCAGCUACUCUCCAUCCCCUCCCCUGUGGAGCACACUUACAGAACCCCAGUAAAGCAUAGUAUGCGUACAUACCCCACCAUCUUAAUCAAAGCCAUGUUGGAUUUUAACUUCAGUUCGGCUCCCCUGAACUCAGAAGCUUCUACUUUUGUGUUGGUGUUUUACAAUCCUGGCUGCAUCCCUGUAGAUUGGACAUUCUUGUUUCCAGAGGACCAACAGGUAGACUUUAGGCAUUGGACCCAGGCAGAAGAGUUAUGUCACGAUGAGCUUCACCAGAUGAAGGUUGCAGAACUUUUCAACAUUUCUCCCCGUACAGGGACGUUACUUUCAGGCCAGCAGAGGGCAGUACAGUUCAGUUAUAGUCACAUCAUGGUUGGAACACAUCAGUUACCAAUCAUAUUAAAAAUUUCACACGGCAGAGAGAUCUUGUUGCACUUCCAAGGGGUGACAGUGGAUCAAGAGAGGCCGUAUCUGUACUUUCUAUCCAGGCAUCAUGUUUUCACUCCAGUCAUGAUUGGGGAUUUAACAUCUCCAGUGCAGACGUAUGACCUUUACAACGGUGGUGAUAUUCCUGUCCAUUAUGAAGUGGAUGAGCUUGUGUUGUCGCAGCUACAAGAGAACAGUUUUAAUCAUCCACUGUUGUGCUGCCUCAACCCAGUGGGAGACAUUCAACCUGGGAAGAUGGCAUCACUGGAAUUUAUUUUCUCUCCAUUGGAGGCCAAAAUGCACAGUGUGGAUAUUCCUAUUCACAUCCAAGAUGGGGACACUACACUAAUAAGGUUUGAUGGUUCUGGCUUAAGUCCUCAAAGUGUGUUCACAAGCAGUGAUACCCAAUCAUCACUACCCUGUGUCCGGAGGAUGCCACUACCAGGACUGGGUGCAGCAUUUCUGUCUCAGGACAGUGUUUCCAUCGGCGACAUCCCAGUGGGCUCAGAGUCUUCAAGAGUCAUCUUCCUUACCAACGUGUCCCUGAAAGAAAUCAUCUAUAAGUGGAACUUGACACAGGUUGUACAUAUCUACCCUGAACAAGGACUUCUAUGUCCAGGAGAGAGCAUCUUAUGUGUUCUGACCUUCAAGGCAACUGACUACCCUACUAUUUAUCGGCUUGAUAUCACCUGUCAGUUGACACAGCAGGCAGCAUGGGAUCAAUAUUAUGAUGCUUUGGAGCGUUUGGAGCAAGAACAAGAGAAGCAAAAACAUGAAUUUACGAUCACAGACCUUGCAGAAAGCCGUAGGGGUUUUACCGAUAAGGUGCCUCAAACAGGAGGGCUGUCGCUGUGCAAGUACAAGGCUCUUCCGCCUAUUUGUUCUAGGUUAGCACGAGCAGAGCAGCGGAUGCAGUCUGAUCCUGUAAAAGUUUGGAAACGCCCUGAACUGCCUCAACCUACUCUGCUGCAUAUGGGUGUGACAGCACGCUCCUAUAGGUCUCAGGAAUACUUCACACACUUCCCUGAGCAGUUCAAUAAUCAUUUCAGGUGCUUCUUCUUCAGCAAGCCCCUGAGGCCUAAAACAAUGUGGUGCGAUGCAGUCCUCACUGAUGAGCAUCCAUUACGGAGACAUGGUCCUGAGCGAAACUUCCUGGAACAUAUCAUCACCUCUGUGCUCUGGACCAUACUGGAUGAUGAAGAAUUUACUCAGUCUCUGCUUUGUUUGGCAUCUAAACCCCUUACCUACAAACCUCGAAUAAGCUCUUCCUCCCUUCUGCCAACACCCCAACCUCAAACCGAAUUGGAGGAGACAGCAGCUUCAUCGGCUAUAUUGCAUAGCCAAGCGGACAGUAUGAUCAGUGCAGAAUGUUUAGAGACCCGGCUGGAAAUGAAACCAGACUUUCAACGUGUAUCUGCUGCCAUGUGCAAUGUCAUAUUGCUCAACACCCUCCAGAAUCUGAUGACGGAGGCUGUCAGAGGAGAAUUUAACUUCACAGAACCUUCUCGGACUGAUCACUCAUCACAUACCUCUGCCAGGAGGUACUCCAGUGGCAAAGUCAAGAAGGAUGAGACAGACAGAGAGAGAAUCCAAAAUGAAGAAACACAACAUGACCAACCCUCCUUACCAUCUGCCUAACACAACUUUUUUCCACUGAGGGGCACAUCCUGGAAAAUGAAAGGACGCAGGAGCCAAUUAGAUUUUGUAGACCAACACGUGUAGAUAUGCGAAGAAGCUAUAUGGCUAUAUGUUUUAGGAAAAAAACUGCACCUAAGCUUUGUGAUAUAGGUAAGUUGGGCAUCGAGUCUCGAACAUCAAUGGAAACCAGGACUAACAUUCCAAUUCUCCGUUCCAAUAUUUUUAUUUUAAUUCCUAGUUCGAUGCCCACUUCGCCAAAGAAAUAGCCGCGAACAGCCAAAAAGAACAAUGUGUUUUUCAGGACUACCAGUGUUUAAAAAUCUUAGGUAGAGCCACUAGUCGUGGUGGGAAAAAGCUUUUAGCAACCCCGCUCCCAGUAUGCACACUCUUUAAUGCUACAUAGACAAGUGGUUUUGUUCUAUUACUUAUAAAAAAUAAACACAGGACACUCAUUAAUUGUUA